AUGGGGACGCUCUCGGUACGGAGAAACAUCCCACCGUGGGUGAAAGUUCCCGAAGACCUGAAAGAUCCCGAGGUGUUCCAGGUCCAGACGCGGCUGCUGGAAGCCAUGUUUGGUCCAGAUGGAUCUCGAAUCCCGUACUUCGAGCAAGUGAGCAAGGCCAUGCUCGAGCUGAAAGUUCUGGAAUCCUCAGACCUCACCGAGGUCGUGGUUUACGGCAACUACAUAUACAAGCUCCGGACCAAGUGGAUGCUCCAGUCCUUGGCCGAAUGGCACCGCCAGCGACAGGAGCGAGGGAUGCUCAAACUCGAGGAAGCCAUGAAUGCCCUCGAACUAGGCCCGUGGACGCAGUGA